AUGGGGGGCGGCCCGGGGCUGCUGGCCCUGGCACUGGUGGUGAGCGGGGCGGUGGGCGCGGGGCCCAGCUACGAGGCCUACGGGCGGUUCUCGGCCAAGGCGCCGCAGUGCGUGGACAUCCCGGGCGACCUGCAGCUGUGCCACGACGUGGGCUACAAGCGCAUGCGGCUGCCCAACCUGCUGGAGCACGACUCGCUGGCCGAGGUGAAGCAGCAGGCGGGCAGCUGGGUGCCGCUGCUGGCCAAGCGCUGCCACUCGGACACGCAGCUCUUCCUCUGCGCCCUCUUCGCACCCGUCUGCCUGGAGCGGCCGGUCUACCCCUGCCGCUCGCUCUGCGAGGUCGUGCGUGACGCCUGCGCCCCCGUCAUGGAGUCCUACGGCUUCCCCUGGCCCGACAUGCUGCACUGCGCCCAGUUCCCCCCCGACCACGGCCUCUGCAUCGCCGUGCAGUUCGGCCACAGCCAGGUCACCGCACCCCCAGUGCCCCGGCUGUGCCCGCAGUGCGAGGUGGAGCACAAGGCAGAUGGCAUGAUGGAGCAGAUGUGCUCCAGCGACUUCGUGGUGAAGCUGCGCAUCAAGGAGGUGGUGCAGGAGGGCGCAGAGCGGCGGCUGGUGGCGGCACCAAAGAAGAAAGUGCUGAAGCUGGGCCCGCUGCAGCGCAAGGACACGCGGCGCAUGGUGCUGCACAUGCGCAACGCGGGCGCCUGCCCCUGCCCCCAACUCGACCACCUGGGCGGCAGCUUCCUGGUGCUGGGCCGCAAGGCGGGCGGGCGCCUGCUGCUGCUCGCCAUCUACCGCUGGCAGAAGCGCGACCCUGAGGUCAAGUUCGCCGUCAAGUUCAUGUUCUCCUACCCCUGCCCUCUCUACCACCCGCUGCUGCUGCACAGCGCCCAGCACCGCUGACCCCCCGCCCCAUGCCACCUGCCUGCCCUGGGCCUGCGCCCCCCUCUCCAAGCCCCGACUCCCGGAGUCCUGCGAGCACCGUGGGUUGUGGCCCCAUCCCUGCCAGCCCCCCCGUUGCAGGCUCCAGCCCCUCCCUGCCCCACAGCGCACCCAUGGGGCCAGGCCAGAGCUGGCUCUCAGCCCCCCACGGCCCCCUGGCACCUGGGGGCAAGUCAAGCCCUGGGCACAGCGCGCCCACCGCAUUGCCCCCAAUGAAAAGGGUCCAAUCCUUAAUACAGAGACACCCCCAGCAGAGGGGAGCUCCCACUCGGACCCCACCCCAGCGUUGCCUCCCCCUCCCCCCAGCCCCACUCACCCCCUACUCGGCGCUGCAGUAAAUUCCAGCUCUGCGAGA